UAGUACCAUAUAAAAAUAUCGCCAAACGAGAAGACAGAAAAUACAGAGAGAGAGAGAGAGAUAAUAAUAAUAGAAGAAGAAAAUAAAAGGAAAGGAAACUGAUAGUUUAGGCAGUGGAAUUUGGAGUACUGGUGAUAUAAUAAUAAUAAAGAACGAAAAUCUAAGACAAGUGCGAGAGAGAGGGGGAGAGGGAGAGGGCGGAGGGAAAGGGGUGAGAAUGGCGGGGAGUGGUAGCGAGAGAGUAGCGGUGGAGUUGUGUAAAGGCAUCAACGGCCUUGAUAAGGUUGUGCUCCGCGGGCCACGUGGCUCUUCUGCUGAGGUGUAUUUGUAUGGCGGUCAUGUGACAUCCUGGAGGAAUGACCAUGGAGAGGAGUUGCUUUUUGUCAGCAGUAAGGCAAUAUUCAAACCUCCAAAGGCAAUUCGAGGCGGUAUUCCAAUAUGCUUUCCUCAAUUCGGAAGUCAUGGUUCCCUUGAGCAGCAUGGAUUUGCCAGGAAUAAGUUUUGGAGCAUUGACACUGAUCCACCUCCAUUUCCAACAAAUUCAAAGUCCUUUAUUGAUUUGAUCCUUAAGCCGUCUGAAGAGGAUACGCAGAAGUGGCCUUACAGUUAUGAGUUUCGUUUGAGGGUAGCUUUGGGACCCGGGGGAGAUCUGAUGCUGACAUCUCGCGUUAGGAAUACGAAUGCUGAUGGAAAGCCAUUUACAUUUGCAUUUGCUUAUCACACAUAUUUCUCUGUUUCAGACAUCAGUGAAGUGCGGGUUGAAGGUUUAGAGACACUGGAUUAUCUUGACAACUUGCAAAAUAAGCAACGUUUUACUGAACAAGGGGAUGCAUUAACAUUUGAAUCAGAAGUUGACAAGAUAUACCUUAGCACUCCUACUAAAAUUGCAAUUCUGGAUCACGAAAAGAAGAGAACCUUUGUACUACGCAAAGAUGGAAUUCCAGAUGCUGUGGUGUGGAAUCCAUGGGAUAAGAAGGCAAAGACUAUGACUGAUUUUGGAGAUGAUGAGUACAUGCACAUGCUCUGUGUGGAAGCUGCUGCUGUUGAAAAACCCAUCACACUAAAACCUGGUGAGGAGUGGAAAGGAAGGCUGGAACUUUCUGCGGUUCCUUCCAGCUAUUGUAGCGGUCAACUUGAUCCUCAGAAAGUUCUUCAGAGCAGCUAACAAGGAUCCUUGAUUUUGAUAUACAUAUUUUGUACAGCUACAUGGGCUGAAAGUUUAAAAUUCAGCACUCUGAAUAUGUAGUUGGUGCCAUUCAGGACUGGAAUUCACUCACAUCUGUGUAGAUGGCUCAAUUAUGCCUUUGCUUGAGAAGAUGUUGAAACUUGAAUGUUGUAUUUUCUGUAGAUCACUGCUGUGAAAUGAGAUGGUCCUUCCCUUUUAUA